AUGGAUCCAAAUGCUUACUCACAGUUAGAGGUUCCAAAGUGCUCUCAGUGUAAGGGUGACCAAGAAUUUUACUGCAAAACAUGUACACGGGAUAUGUGUGUGCUUUGUAAGGAGAAACAUAUGAUAGACCUCGACACAAAAGACCACGAUGUAGUGAUUGACCGUUUAAAGUAUGGCGACUUCAUUAUACCAGUGUACUGUAACAUUCACGUAGGCAGAUAUGUAAAUAAGUGGUGUUUGUCCUUUGAAUUUCCAUCUUGCACUAAGUGCUUUGAACAUCGACGUCAUAAUAUUUUAGAUAUUGUCAAAUAUUAUGAUUUACGUAGACAACAACCCAAUGAAAAAAUUGUUCAGAUCAGAUCUAACGUUCUUCAUAAAAGUCAGGCUAUUCUUGCAGGAAUCAAAUCCGAUUUUAAAAGAGUUGUGCAUAUUUGUCGACAAAAUUCUGGCCUCCAGAAAAGCAUUACAAAAAGAACUUGCAUAAUGAAGAAACUGAUUGACUUGGUAAUGAAUGAUAUAAGUGAAUUAAAACAUGUACAACUGUCACUGUCACUUAAGCUUAGAUUAAAAGAAGCUCAAAGAAAUAUUACAAACAUUGAGAUGUAUCUGUACAAAUUUGAACAGCUAUUAGAAAAGCCUUUACAAUUCCUUUUAUAUGUAAAGAAAACAACGAUCAAAAAUGUAAAGGACAUUCCUGAUACUCUUUUAUUCUCCCUGGAUUAUGAUAUCAACAUAAAUGAUGUACAAAAGUUACUUGGUGAAAUCCAAAUUACAGAGACAGAAAAAAGAAAAGUAAACGAGAAGCAGUUGUUGGAAUUAAUGUAUACACCUGUAUUAAAGAAAUCAUUUACAGUGAAAGGUGCCAAUGAGGUUCGGCAUAUAUCUUAUGAGAAAACAGGAAUAUUAUGGAUCAGUGAUCAAAAUGGACAAAUAGUCUUGACGAACAGAUCAAGUGACCCUAUUUACACUUUGACAAAUACAAUAAGUUACACUGGGGGACAUUCAGUGUCACGUGAUGGCAAUUUAAUUUACAUAGAUGUGAGUCAUAACAUCAACAAAUUCUACAAGUACAACAGGAAAAAAAAAACUAUAAUACCGAAAACAGAACCAUGGAAAGCAGAGUGUGUAUACUGCUCUCCCUUAAAUGAAGAUAUAUUAGUUGGAAUGUUGAGUUAUAAAAAGGGUAGACAUGGAUACACAGAGGCAAAGGUAAUGCGGUUUAGCAGUACAGGACAAGAAAUUCAGUCCAUUCAACACAAUACUAAGGGAAUGAAACUGUAUAAAUUUCUUGCAUACAUUACUGAGAACCACAAUGGAGAUAUCAUUGUGUCUGACUUGGAGAAUGGUGUCGUGGUGACAGGGCGUGAUGGGGAAUAUCGAUUCUCGUACACAGGACCUCCAUCAGGAUCACGAAUAUCACCGCAAGGAAUCUGUGUGGACGCACUAUCACACAUCCUGGUGUCUGAUGAUAAAAGCAAAACAGUUCAGAUGAUUGACAAAGAUGGUAAUUUCUUAGCACUGCUUUUAAGUAAAGAAAACAGAAUAACACCAUCUCGGGGUUUGAGCUAUGAUAGCAGAAAUCAUAUCAUAUUUGUUGCAACAACAGAUAUUGACAAUUUAGUGUGUGUCUAUAGAUACAUACAGAAAAAGAGUUUUAAUUACUUACUGACAAGUGAAAAUAGUUUUGAAGAAGGCCAAUAA